CGGGACCAGCCUGAGACUGGGAGUCUUGUGGGAGGGGCAGGGAGGGAGGCUGCUGUCUGGGCCCGCCCUUGGCCCACUCCAGUCUGAGCGGCUGCUGCUGGGCUCUCUGCGCUGCUGUCUCCCUGGACGGGAAAACAGCCCACAGAGUCUGGAAGAGCCAUGGGGCUCAGGGCUGAGCUGUGUGCUUUCCUGACUGGACUUUCGUUCCUCCUGCUCCUGAUGUCAGGCCAGGGGGCCAGAGGAGGAUCUUUCAGACACAGUUCGGGUGUCUGCUCCAACCGGACACUGGUGGUUCCGCUCCGUUACAACGAGUCCUACAGCCAACCGGUCUACAAGCCCUACCUGACCCUGUGUGCUGGGAGACGCAUCUGCAGCACCUACCGGACCACUUACCGCGUGGCCUGGAGGGAGGUGAGGCGGGAGGUACAGCAGACACACGUGGUGUGCUGCCAGGGCUGGAAGAAGCCGCAUCCAGGAGCUCUCACCUGUGAAGCCAUCUGCUCCAAGCCUUGUCUUAACGGAGGUGUCUGCACUGGACCGGACCAGUGCGAGUGCGCCCCCGGCUGGGCAGGGAAGCACUGCCGCCUGGACGUCGAUGAGUGCAGGACCAGCCUUACCCUCUGUUCUCACGGCUGUCAGAACACCCUGGGCAGCUUCACAUGCAGCUGUCCGCACCCCCUGGUUCUGGGUCCGGACGGACGCGCCUGUGCAGGGGGGCCUCUAGAAUCCUCAACAAGUGCCAGCAUCCUCAGCGUGGCAGUUCGGGAAGCGGAACGUGAGGAGCGGACCCUGAGGUGGGAGGUCGCAGAGCUGCGUGGGCGCCUGGAGCGGCUGGAGCAGUGGGCCACACAGGCUGGGGCCUGGGUCCGAGCAGUGCUGCCCAUGCCGCCUGAAGAGCUGCAGCCAGAAAAGGUGGCUGAGCUUUGGGGCCGGGGUGACAGGAUCGAGUCCCUCAGUGACCAGGUGCUGCUGCUUGAGGAGAAGCUGGGUGCCUGUGCCUGUGAGGACAACAGCCUGAACUGGGGGCUUGUGAGGACAACAGCCUGAACUGGGGGCCUGUGAGGACAACAGGCUGGGCCCAAGCCUCCAUGGGUGACAAGAACUCCCGCAGCAGCCUGGAUCCCUCGUUUACACA